CAGAGAAACAACGGUUGAAGACGAAAGAAAACGAAUGGAGCGAUAGCAAACGCAGUGCACCAAUUUUUUUUUAGUAUGUUGAGCAGGCAUUAAACAACUAUUAAUUAUUAACCAAUUGUCGCUGUCGUAACGAAAACGUAAGAAAAACGCGAAAGCAAAAACAACAAAAUAAAUAAAAUGCACAGGCGGUCGGUGCAUACAACUAUGUGGAGAAGUAUCGAAGCGUAAAAAUCAAAGGCGGCAGUCAGCCAACAUCAACAACAACAACGGCAACAGCACCACAAAGUCAUCACCAGCCACACAACAGCAUCAGCAGCAACAAUAAUACAACGGAGAAAACAUAAUAAAACUAAAAGACGGGACAGCAGCAGCUGGGAAACAUUUUCAAUGAGUGUGCGGCCAUAAAAGGAAAACGCGAGCGGGGAGCAGUUGAUAAUAACAACAAAAACAACAAAACACUAGACAACAAAUAAACAAAAAACAAACAGCAAAACAAAACACAACACAAACAGCAAUAGCAACAAAAACAAUCACCGCCUUAGCCUUAGCCUUAGUGGAUACAACGAGAAGUAGGAGACCAAAAGACGACACUACAAACAAAAACAACAAAAAGAGAAACUAAAUCUUAACUUAAAUUAACCAUAUUGUUAAAGCAAAACACGCAAAUCAAAGAUGUCCUCGCCCAGUGCUGGUAAACGACGCAUGGACAAUGACGUCAUCAAGCUAAUUGAAUCAAAACACGAGGUCACCAUCCUUGGCGGCCUCAACGAGUUCCAUGUGAAAUUCUUCGGACCCCAGGGCACGCCCUACGAGGGCGGCGUAUGGAAGGUGCGCGUCUAUCUGCCCGACAACUAUCCCUUCAAAUCGCCCAGCAUUGGGUUCGUGAACAAAAUCUAUCAUCCGAACAUUGACGAAUCAUCGGGGACCGUUUGCCUCGAUGUGAUCAAUCAGGCCUGGACAGCGUUGUACGAUCUGUCGAACAUCUUUGAAUCGUUUCUCCCACAGCUGUUGACAUAUCCCAAUCCGGUGGAUCCCCUGAAUCGCGAUGCCGCCGCCCUCUAUCUCCACGAGCCGGCGGAAUAUCAUCGCAAGGUCGCCGACUAUGUCCAACGCUAUGCGACCGAGGAUGCGCUGCGGGCGGCGCAGCAGGAGAGGGAGAGCAGCGACAGUGAGUCGAGCAUGUCGGAUUAUAGUGAGGAUGAGGCCCGAGAUAUGGAGUUAUAAUAUCGGUUUAACUGGAUAACUGUUUAGAUGGAGAGAUGCAGAGAGCCAGAGAGAAAGGGAUGGAGAGAGGGAGAGAGGAGUAACAAUCAGAUUAUCGCCUAAUUAAUAAUUUCGAAAAUGCAGAUAACAAACAUUAAUUAUGAUAUAUAGAUAUAUAUAUAUAUAUACAUAUAUAAAGAACGUGAUUCGAUGAUUGCGCAGAUCGUUCAGAUUUGCGCACACAUACUUAUAAAUAAUACACACACACACCCACACACACACACGCAUAUAUAUAUAGUAUAUCUCUAUAUAUAUGUAUGAUAUGUAUAUGUGCAUGCAUAUAUGCAUAUAUAUUUAUUUAUUAACGUAAGCAACAAAAGUUUGAAACAAUUCUUAGUAAUAUAGCAAUUAGUAGCUGAUAACAACAACAACAACAAACAGAUUAAUAAUUUUGAAUUGAAAUCUAACGCAAUUAAAUGGUUCUAAAAAGAAAAAAUUACAAAAAAAAUAUAGAAAUAUAUAAGAGUACACACACACACACACCCACACACACACACAGACUCACAUAAUCAACCCACUUGACGAGGAGAAGAAAACAGAAAAGUUUCGGUCAAAUGCAUUAUUUGUUAUCCUAAUAUUAUGAUUAUUAUUAUUAUGCUUAUGUUAAAAUUAUAUAAUUAUCUAGGCAACUAAAUGAACUGUGUGUUAAUUAAAAAAAAACAAAAACAAAAAAACAAAAUGCAAUAACUCACUUUUUACUUUUACUUUCUAAUCUCUUCAUAUUUAUUUCCCCCUUAAAAUUUCACACCUUCAAUUUUUUUUUUUUGUUUGUUAAAUAAGUGCGAUGGAACAGAACUAGAAAAGCAAAGUUAAACAAAGUUCAGUUAAUUAAGUAAAGAGAAAUCAAAUUAUUCAUAAUAAUAUUUAAAAUAAAUACACACAGAUUUUCAACUAAUUGUAUUUUAUCGUGUAGAGUUGUGUAUUCUAAGUAGUUGUGUUCAACUUGAUGAUGAUAAUGAUUUACCGACUUUUUGUAUAUACAAA